AUGGCAGCUACCCAUGAGGAUGUAAGGCAGUUGGAGUCGCUGGGAAAAGGAGAGACUCUCAAGAAACCGUCUGCUGUACGCAAGAAGGCCCCUCCAAAGCUUGCGAAGCUAGAUAAGAAAGAGAAAGUGGAAAAGCCUACCUUAGCUGAGAAACCCGAAGAACAAGGGGAGACUGAGAAAGUGGGAGAUGUUAGUGCUGGAAAAACACCUGAAGCGGGUCUAGAAGAACAGGUUGGGCAGGUGGAGGAUAAAGCAGGCCGGGCAGGAGAAGAAGCAAAAGAAGAAGCAGAAGAAGGACUGGAGGGAGAGGACAUGGAAGGAGAGGACAUGGAGGAAGAGGAGGAGGAGGAAGAGCCGGAGCAGCAACGUGGGCCUCUCGAACAGAGAGAAGCCAUGCCGCCAGACACUGCGGCAGGUUCUUCGUCCACUGCGGGGCUAGUGGACAAGGGUAAGGCAGCGGCCGUGCAACUGGGCCAGGUUGGCAAGGGCAUUCAAUCCAUGAAGGAUCAGGUCCCCACUGGAAUGGUGGAUCAAGUCCAACAGAAGGCCGAAGAAGGUGUGCAAGAGCCCACCGAGGGAAUGGUAGAGCCUGAGAAAGAAGCAGGUCUUGGAGAUGCCGUACCAAAGCCAGAUAUAUCGGAAGUGAAGGAAGCGGCAAUGGGCCUCGGGGACCUGAAAGGCCUCUCGGUUGGUGAAGGCGGGAACAUUGUCAAUGCAGAGGGAAAAACCAUCGGGAAGGUUGUUGAAGGCGAUCCAGCUGACCUUGUUGGUCAGAUUGUUGAUGAUGAUGGAGAGAUUCUGGACGAGGAUGGAGACUUGAUUGGACGUGUUGAAGUCGUGACUGAAAAGAUUGAUGAACUUCCCAAGGCCGAAGAACUGGCGGAGAAGCCGCAAUUGCCAGAUAUAUCGACUCUCGAAGGCCUAAAAUGUACCAAGUUCGGCAGUAUUCUGGAUGCUCACGGCAACCUAGUUGGGGAGCUGGUCGAAGGCGAUGCGAAGAGGCUCUUUCGAGGAGGGUUUGAGCUGGACGAUAAGGGCCAGUUCUGGGAUCACCGCGGAAAUGUUAUUGGCAAGGUACAGCCUGUUCUGCCGGAGACGGAAGAAACCAGCAUUUUCGAAGGAAUGAAGGAUCUGUAUGUUGACAAGGAGGGGUGGGUGCUAGAUGACAACGGUCAACGCGUUGGACAGGUAGUUGAAGGGGAUGCCAAAAAGCUCGCGGGUCGCGCGGUUGAUGAGGACGGCGAUAUUCUCGAUCGACAUGGAAACCUGCUGGGCCGUGCAGAGCCCUGGCAGGAGCCAGAAGAAGUUGCAGAAGAGGCGGUGGAGGAGAAGAAGCCGGAUCUCAGUUCUCUGGAAGGGCUCAAGCCCACCAAGCUUGGCCUCGUGAUCGGGCCGGACCAAGUUCCUCUGGGCAAAGUCGUUGAGGGUGAUCCCAAGCACCUUGCCGGCCGAACCAUUGCGUCGGAUGGUCUCAUCUGGGGCGACAAUGGGGAGGUCAUUGGACAGGUGGACCUGAUCCCCGAGAAUGAGCGGAAAGACCUCAGCCGGCCAUUCCAGGGAUGCAUGGACCUGAUGGUGAAUGGGUCUGGCUGGGUGGAGGAUGGCGACGGGAACAUCGUGGGUCGCGUGAUAGAAGGGGAUCCCGAGAAGCUCCAGGGAUAUGAUGUCGACGAGGACGGAGAGAUUGUGGACCAGCAUGGGACCGUCUUGGGGCGAGCUGCACCAUGUGAACCCCCCGCUGAGGAGGUGGAGGCACCCGAUCUGUCUGUAUUAGCCGGCAAGGUGGUAAACAAGAUGGGCAACGUCGUGGAUACAAACGGAGUGGUUUUUGGACGGUUGGUGACAGGCAAUCCUCGAAAGCUGGCCGGCAAGUCCGUGGAUGAGCAGGGCCAGGUUUGGGAUGCUGCAGGCCACGUUGUCGGCCAAGCCGAGCUCAUUCCCGAUGCCGAGCGAGAGCGGCCAGAGGGCCCUUUCAGCGGCCUGGAUGGCUUGACGGUGAAUAAGGAGGGACAGGUUGUCGAUCCGAACGGCACACCGGUCGGUCGUCUAGUCGAAGGAGACGCUCGACGCCUAGCUGGGCGCGCCGUGGACGAUGAUGGGGAGGUCCUUGACUCGGCUGGGAAUUGCAUCGGCCGGGCUGAGCCAUGGACUGCCCCCGAGGAACCGGUCAGUCCCAUGGCUGGCCGUAAAGUUAAUCGGGAGGGAGAGGUCCGCGAUGAAGAUGGUAAUCUCAUUGGCAAGCUCACCCAGGGAGAACUGUCGAACCUCAUCGGUCGAACGAUUGAUAAGGAUGGCUAUGUCGUGGACAGUGCCGGCAAUAAGAUCGGGGAAUGUACCCUGCUGGAGAAUUUGCCUCCAGAGCCAGAGCCCGAGGAACCGGAAAUGUCCCCCGAGGAGCGCGAGAAGCUGGCUCAACAGGAAGAGGAAAAUGAGCUGGCCAAAAAGAUGUGCUCCAUUAUUCAGCAGGCUUUAGAUUCCUUGGAACCCAUGUGUCGCAUGAUCACUCAGCAUAUUGAAAAGGCCAAUAGUACACCCAAGGAUGAGCUGGAUGAAGAGGCACUGGUCAAGGAGGUGAAACCGCUAAUCGAAGAGGCUGGCGCCAUUUUGCAGGAGUGUAAGGGAGCCCUGCGAGCCUUGGAUCCAGAUGGUCACAUUGCUGCCAAUGCCAAAGCCCGCAGUGCCUCCCAAGAAGCCACCCCACAGGAGCAUCAUCUAGCCGAACUACUGAAGGACUUGACCAAGCUAGUGACAGAGACGAUCGAACGGGGUAAGAGUCUGAUUGCCGACAUGCCCCAUGCGAAGAAAGAGAUCAACCCGCUCUGGGCGCUGUUGUCGGAGCCUUUGUUCCAGAUCAUCGCGGCCGUCGGUCUCUUGCUCAGUGGCGUUCUCGGGCUUGUGGGCAAACUUCUGAACGGUCUGGGUCUGGGAAAUCUUCUUCAGGGGCUCCUGGGUGGCUUGGGGGUGGACAAGCUUCUCGAAGGUCUGGGACUGGGGACCAUCACGCAGGGAAUCGGGCUGGGUGGGAAGAAGAAUGAAGGGAAGAAGGAUUCGGAAAGUCUGUUUCCAGCGAUUCCGAGUGGCUGCAGGAAGGGAUUUCCGACGGUUGGCCCUGAUACACGCAAGGGCCCCGUCAGAGGUGUAAUAUCUUUAAAAUGA